UGUACAAUGGAUAGAGACAUUAAUGGACAUUAAAACAUGCCGCCAACAUAUCAAGAGGGCAUUUCACUUUUGCGCGUGCGUGAAGUACUAUUAUCAGUCUUAUCCCAACAUGCUUAAUAAAAUAUCACCUUUAUGUAAAAUAUACAUCUGAAUAUCUAAUGUAGGUUUUAAUACAGAUAUAGAUAAUAAUUAUUAUCUAAAUCUAUAAGUAAUUUAAUAGUUUUAUGAAGAAGGCAACGCAAACACAGUAGCUACAUGCCCUCUUGAGUCUUGAUAUGUUGACGACAUACUCGUUUCAUAUGAGGUAUAGCUGUAGCGCCAUUAUAUAUGAACUAAGAUUUAAUCAGUAUUAUCUUAUCACAGUGAAGAUAAUGACAUCGAUGUUAAUAAAUUGUUAUACGCACUAGAAGUAAAUUGAAAAAUUUGAUCGUUGACGAAAUUUAAAAUUGUCAACUUUUAAAAUGUUCGCUACAAAAUUGAAAACUAAUAAUGAAAACAAAGUUAAUUUUAAAGAUAAAACAUAUGCAGAACUACAGGAAUUAUUAGAACGACAGAACAAAAUCAUCAAUAACAAGUUUGUUUACAAAAUGUAUUUAUUUUUGUUUGGGGUUAAUUAGAAACUACUAAGAAUAUUCAAUUUUUGUUUAGACGAUUUGUUGAUGGAUUGCCUGACAAAGGCGAGAAAUUAAAACAUUUCCGUGCUCAAUUAGAAAUUGAAUUGGAUAAACAUCAAAUUCAUAAGAAAUUGUGUGAAGAUAUGUGUUUAUUGAAUAUUGGCAAAGAUCAGCUAGAUACUCUUGAGUGGACUGGUAAACAUAUUCCAAGUACUUUACAGAUGAACACCCAACCUAAUGUCAAUAACAGUGAUGAAGAUGUAUUGAAAAUGUUUGUUUCGCAUUCGGGAAUUUGCCAGGAUAAAAUAAUCAUUAAGUAUAUACAGCUAGUAAACAUACUACUACUAGUUUUCAACUAUACUCUGGUCCAGAAAGAAUAUAAUCCAUAAAGGUGUCUAGAUAUAUUUUCCAGUGGAAACAAUUAAAUUUAGUAUGCAAGCCGAUUAUGUUCUUUCUCGGUCCAGCAUGUAGGCAAUUUAACUAUUAGAAUGGUUUUUUAUGUAAUUAUUUUUCAGAGAGAUACCAGAAAAACCAUUGAUAAAACCAUCAGAUUUGAUUGAUGAGGUGUCAUUAGACAAAAGUAAACUGUAUAUCGAGUCCCAAAAAUUUCCGGAAAAACUAGAACCUUAUGCAAAAAAUUUAUGUGGACGUUUUGAUACCAAUAUACCAGUUUCAAAGAGACAUAUUUUAUUAAAUAAACCCGCUAAACCAAAUAAAAGUAGUACUGUAAAAGCUUUAUCUGUGAGCCUUGCGGAAUCUGUCAUGUUACAACAUUCUCAAGAUAACAAGUUAAAAGUAAAUUACACAAUAAUUCAAUGUUUCUUAUAUUUUCUUAUUUAAUAAAAAUUGUGUUUUAUAUUUUCAAGAUAAUAAAAGAAGAAAAUCUGAAAUCAAGACAAAUGCCAAAAUUUGACUAUAGCAGUUAUCGAGAAUCAACUAUUUUCAACACAAUCCAUUCUGAAGAUGAUAGUGAUAGUGAUAUUAGUAUAUCUUCCAUUACUGAAGAAGAUUAAUUUAAACCUAAAUUUGUAUACUGGAAUAGUAUUUCCUUAUAUUCUCAUUGUAAAUUUAAUAAAAAUAACUUUAUUUAUACUCGUAGUCAUGAGUCAUGAAAUUAAUCAAUUUCUUAAUCAGAAUUAAUCACUAAACCAACAUUGAAUAAUAGUUUAGCAUUAUUUGUAUAUCAUAAAUAUAUUUUGAACAUACAUAUUUAUGUACAAUGGAAAAUUAUUAGUAAUUAUAUUAAUUUUAACAUGAUUUAUAUUUUUAUACACAUAUUUUGGAAUUUUACUUCUACCAAUAAAAUCUCCUUUAGUAUUUUUAUACUUUAUAAAUAUACAAGAAAAUAUUAUAAUAAAUCAGGCGCAAGAGGGGUAGAGGUUCAACCUCGCCCUCUCGGAAUUUCAUGAAAAUUUUGAUGAAAGUAAAAAUUUAAUAUUGUCUCAAAAGUGGUUUCUGUCAAUGAGGAAG